CUUUUUCUGUGAUAUACUGGUAACGUUCCACUGUUGUCAGAAUUGUAUUCAAUGAUAUUGUAAGCUACUGAGAAUUGUUAGGUCACUGCAUUUAAGGAACAAGACUUCAGUAGUAAUUCACACUUGUCGCAGGAGCAAGUCAUUUCAGAUCCAGUCUGAACUUUGCUAUUUGAAUAAUGAUACCUGAAGAAACAAAAGAACUGCUUCUGCACAAUAGGGCAAAUGAAGCCUGUACUGACUGUGUCUGCAAAACAGACCUGCAGAACCGCAAUUCUCUUAUUGUCUCACAAGCAGUAAAUAGAGGUAUAUUUACUGCAAAUCUUUCACCUGCUACCAAGAGAAUCUCCAUGAUGUUGGGUGAAGAGGAUGAACCCCAAACCCCACAACUCUUCACUGAACUAGAUGAACUUAUUCUCGACAAUAAGAAACAAUUGCAAUGGAAGGAAACAGCAAGGUGGAUAAAGUUUGAGGAAAAAAUCGAAGAAAGAGCUGAAAGAUGGAGCAAACCUCAUGUGACCACCUUGCCUUUACACAGUUUAUUUGAGCUACGUACAUGCAUUGAAAGGGGAACACUUCUGUUUGAUUUAGAAGCAAACAAUUUUAAAGAAAUAUUAGAGAUAAUAGUCAACAAUGAAAUUCCAACUGGCAAUCAGAAAAGUGUGCUCAAGGAAAAGGUCAUGCACGUCCUUCUUAGAACUCACAAGCAUCACAUAAAGACGUCCAGAAUGCAGACCAUGCUUGAUCUGUUGAGGGGUGCUUCCUAUGCAAAUAAAUCUGCUUCCUUGAAUUCUAACACAACUGCAGACUUCACCAAUGAAAUCUCAGAUAAACCUCUCCAGGAACAGUUGAAAAAUAAAUUCAAGAAGCAGAUCCCUGAAGGUGCUGAAGCUGCAAAUGUGCUUGUGGGUGAAGUAAAUUUUUUGGAGAAGCCAUUUGUUGCCUUUGUACGAUUAAAGCAGGCUAUGGUCUUAGGGGCUCUUACGGAGGUUCCAUUGCCAACCAGGUUUCUAUUCAUUCUCCUCGGGCCAAAAACUAAGACAACGGCUUAUCAUCACAUUGGGAGAGCUGUUGCAACUCUGCUUACUGAUGAGUUAUUCCACAUUGUGGCAUUCAAGGCAAAAUUGAGGGAAGACCUACUGGCUGGAAUUGAUGAGUUCCUUGAUGAGGUAACUGUGCUGCCUCCAGGGAAAUGGGAUCCCACUUUACGAAUAGCACCACCAAAGAUACUUCCGUCGCCACACAAACGGAAAUCUAUGUAUUCUCUUGGUUCUAAAGUUCACAUGUAUAAAGGAAAUCAUAUUCAGCAUGAAGAGAGGUAUGGGAGUAACCUGCAUGUUGCUGAAGAUUUGAAAAGAACAGGAAAGUUAUUUGGCGGAUUGGUUAAUGACAUCAAAAGAAAAGCACCUUGGUUUGCCAGUGAUUUUUAUGAUGCUCUGAACCUUCAGUGUCUGUCAGCCGUCCUGUUUAUUUAUUUGGCCAGUGUAACAAAUGCAAUUACAUUUGGAGGAAUCUUGGGUGAUGCAACUGACAACAUGCAGGGAGUCCUAGAAAGUUUCCUUGGAACUGCUAUUGCUGGAACAAUAUUUUGUCUCUUUGCUGGCCAACCAUUAACAGUUCUUGGUAGCACUGGCCCUGUGUUGGUAUUUGAGCGACUCCUCUACAAUAUUAGCAGUGACUAUCAACUUGACUAUUUGGAAUUCCGCCUUUGGAUUGGAAUAUGGACAGCAUUCUUUUGUCUCGUUCUGGUCGCCACAGAUGCCAGCUAUCUCAUUCAAUAUUUUACACGUUUCACUGAGGAAGGCUUCUGCACACUGAUCAGCUUCAUUUUCAUCCAUGAUGCUUUUCAGAAAAUGUUUAACCUGGCUAAGAAUUAUCCAAUUAAUUCUGAUUUUAACAUUGACCACGUUACUCUCGAACAUUGCUUAUGUCUUCCUUCUGAAACAAAAAAUGUUUCAAGUCUGUUUAACGAAACAACUGAGACACACUUUAAACUCAACACUGCCACCUAUAAUACAACUCCCAAUAUAGAGUCUGUCAAUUGGCCUGCACUCACAAAGCAAGACUGUUUGAAGCAUGGAGGACAGCUUGUGGGCAAAACCUGUGAUUAUAUUCCAGACAUCACACUCAUUUCCUUUAUUCUUUUCUUUGGUACAUUUGUUUGUUCCAUGUCGCUGAAGAACUUUAAAACAAGCAGAUACUUCCCAUUUUCAGUCAGGAAACUAAUUAGUGAUUUUUCCAUCAUCCUGUCAAUACUGAUCUUCUGUGGAGUUGAUAUCCUCAUUGGUGUGGAUACCCCAAAACUCAUUGUGCCAAGUGAGCUUAAGCCAACGAACCCACACAGAGGGUGGUUUGUGUAUCCAUUUGGUGGGAAUGAAUGGUGGAUGUGCCUCAUUGCAAUUGCACCAGCUUUACUGGUCACCAUACUUAUCUUUAUGGACCAGCAGAUUACUGCUCUCAUCCUGAAUCGCAAGGAACAUAAACUCAAGAAAGGUGCUGGCUUUCACCUAGACCUGUUCUGGAUAGCUAUCAUUAUGAUCCUUACUUCAUUCAUGGGUCUGCCCUGGUACGUGUCCACAACUGUAAUAUCCCUUGCACACAUAGACAGCUUGAAAAUGGAGACUGCAAAAUCUGCCCCAGGUGUAGAGCCCACAUUUAUGGGAGUGAGAGAGCAAAGAGUGACUGGGCUGCUUGUUUUCAUCCUCAUUGGCGUAUCCCUCUGUUUGGCUCCAAUUCUUAAGUAUAUCCCAUUGCCAGUCCUGUUUGGAAUCUUUCUGUAUAUGGGUAUGUCUGCUCUCAGCAGUGUUCAGUUCAUGGAUAGGUUGAAGUUGCUGUUGACACCAGCUAAACACCAGCCUGACUUAAUUUACUUACGUCAUGUUCCACUGCGCCGAGUCCACCUUUUCACAUUGCUUCAGAUCUUGUGCUUGGUUCUGCUGUGGGUUUUGAAAUCAACAGUUGCUGCAAUCAUAUUUCCAGUUAUGCUCCUGGCAUUAGUAUGGGUACGAAAGGCAAUGGAAUGCAUCUUCUCAAAACAUGACCUAAGCUGGCUUGAUGACACAAUGCCUGAGAAAGAGAACAAAGUAUUAGAGGAUAAAAAAGCAGAGAAAGCAGCAUCAAACAAUGAAUGUGAAGAUUCUGAAUAUCUAUACUUACAAAAAGGUUGUGAUAUAAAUAUCUCUGUGAAUUGAAGAAAAAGAUGGUAUUUACUCUGUGGAAAGUAAAGGCUACAGUGAAAGGCAAACUGAAUGCUGAUAUUGGAAAGAAAACUAUGGAAGAAGUAAAACAGGAUUAUUCUGGUCUAAAAACAAAAACUAACUUCUCUUUACACUGCACAGAACAAAAUUACCCUUCAUUAUUCUUUUGAAUUGAAAAGCAAACAUGAACAAGUUCAUAUUCAUAAUAAAGAGUUAAUUUUGAUGUUUUAAGUUAGUGUCAUCUUUAUGUGGUCAGGUAUAUUCUUGUACUGAAAUAAUUACAACUUCUUGUUGGACUCAAUUACUGACAAUGAAAUAUUACAGAAGUGAAAUAUUUUGGUUUGCAUUAUAAUUUAGAUGCCAUUUCAAUACAAGGGAAUCCCUAGGAUUUUAAUGAGCAAGACGAAGCAUGACUUACUGAGAACUUUUUUUCAUGAUUUAAGUCAUCCAAAGCUUUCCUACAUUUUUCCUGAUGUGCACCAAAGUCCUAUUCACCCAUCACCCAGUGCUCGCUGACCUACAUUGACUCCUGUUUAGUAUUGUCUUGAUUUUACAGUUCUUAUCUUUGCUUUUAAAGUCAUCUGUGGCCUUGCCCUUCCCUAUCUCUGUAACCUCCUCCAAUUAUAACCUUCAAGUUAUUUGAAAUCUUCUUUGUUUUAGCCUCUGUAUAACCUUGAUUUCAAUUGGUUCACUCAUGAUGGCUGUGUCUUUUAGUUGUCUGAAGUUUUGCCAUUUCCUCCUUAAGCUUUGCCUAUUCUCUACCUCACUUUACAACUUUUAAGACAAUCCUUAAUAUCUUUGACCAAGCUGUUGGUUGUCUGAACUAAUAUUACCAAUGUAGUUUGGUUUUAUGUCUUGUUUUGUAAUAGUAUCAUGAAGUUCUUGAGAUAUCUCAUCACAUUAAAGGCGCUGUAUAAAUAUAGCUGUUGUCAUUAUAAAUUUAUUAUGAUGUUGCCAGGGAUGAGAAUGUGCAUGUGUGAACACGUAGUUGAGAAUUUAACAUUACUACCCCCGUUAGCUCAGAGGUUAUGGGUGACCUGAUAAUGGUCUUCAGGAUUAAAACAAAAAUGUUGUUUUCAGUAAUAUAGCUAUGCAAGAGUACAAACUUAAGGUAACAAUAAAAUAAUUGGAAGUGGAGCUAGGGAAAAAAGUACCUUUGCACAGUGGGUGGGUAGGGGGUGCGUGCAGCAAAUGUAAUUUACGGAUUAUAUGGAUCCUUUGGCUUACUUCCGUGUUGUAUCAUGCUGUGUAGAAUGCGUAAUGUAAUUUUAGCCUUUUGUAUUUUACUUAUGGGUAUUUGGAAAUCAGAUGUCUCGAAUUGGAUUCAAUAUAUAUUGAUAAGUACAUUUAUAGAUUUACUGGUCUGAAUGUUUCGUCAGCUAUAUAGAGCCAUAGAGUCACAGAAAUACAUAGCAUGGAAACGCUUUGGUCCGACUCAUCCAUGCUGACCAGAUAUCCUAAACUAAUCUACUCCCAAAUUAUUGAUACAUCUUUAAAGCACUCUGAAAUUAUUUUUUGAAUUGUUUGGCAUGUUUUUGAUGAAGCAUGGUUGUUUACAUUUACAUUUAUGCAUUGAUUUUCAGUUUCAUUAACCUAAACAUAUUGACUUGCAAUUGUGUGAACAGAAUCAUUCAUUUAUGACGGUUAACUGUCAAUUUUCCUGCUCCUUGGAUGCUGUCUGACCUGCUGUGCUUUUCCAGCACUACUCUAAUCUUGACUCUAAUCUUCAGUGUCUGCAGUACCCACUUUCACCUCCUUGAGUUACUGUCAGUCACUGAGUGCUUCUGUUGGAAAGCAUGAGAAAGCUGGUUAACAUGACCUUGUAUGGACCUGUGUGUGGAUGACAUAUGUAGAAUGAAUGCCCUUUUCUUCAUGAUUUUUACAUUGUUGAUUUAAUCAAAUUAAUAAAAAAAGGCUAUUAUUAACUUGU